AUGGUGAUCAUCCUCUUAGACUCCCGUCUCCACACUCCCAUGUACUUCUUCCUCAGUAACCUCUCCUUUGUAGAUCUGAGCUACUCAUCAGCUGUGGCUCCCAAGAUGGUGGCUGCAAUGCACACAGGGAACAAGGUCAUCUCCUAUAAUGGAUGCGCCGCUCAGUUCUUCUUCUUUGUGGGUUUUGCCACUGUAGAGUGCUACCUCCUGGCCUCCAUGGCCUAUGACCGCUAUGCAGCAGUGUGUAGGCCUCUUCAAUACACCACCACCAUGACAGCGGGUGUGUGCACACUCUUGACUCUUGGUUCCUACGUCUGUGGCUUCCUCAAUGCCUCCAUCCACACAGCAGACACCUUCAGUCUCUCCUUCUGUGGGCCUCCUGAAAUUAAUCAUUUUUUCUGCGACAAGCCCCCUCUCCUGGCUCUCGCGUGCUCUGACACACACACCAGCAAGUUGGAUGUCUUAAUUGUUGUGGGUUUCAAUGUCUUAUUCACCCUCCUGGUCAUCCUCAUCUCUUACCUCUUCAUCUACGUGGCCAUUCGAAACAUGCAUUCUUCUGAAGGAUGGAAGAAGGCCUUCUCCACCUGUGCUUCCCACCUCACCGCGGUCUCCAUCUUCUACGGCACCAUCAUCUUCAUGUACUUACAGCCCACCUCUGACCAGUUCAUGGACACAGACAAAGUCGCCUCUGUGUUCUACUCUGUAGUGAUUCCCAUGUUGAACCCCUUGAUCUACAGCCUGAGGAACAAAGAAGUGAAAAGGGCACUCUGGAAAAUAUUCAACAAAAAUAAUCCCCAAUCUUUAAGUGUGAGCAGGAAGAAGUCAGGAAACUAA